UUCUACGUCACAUUCCGGAAACGAAGCGUAAGUUGGUCAGAGUGGCAGAAACACUGCAGUCGAGACAAGUCUCUGCUUUUCUCUCAGAGACGAUUCAAAGUGACGUCAUCAGGUUUUUGUCAACAACACAACGGAGUCUCUUCCAAACACUGAGACAAUUCAAAGUGACGUCAUCAGGUUUUUGUCAACAACACAACGGAGUCUCUUCCAAACACUGAUAUGGCUUCAAACUUUCUGCCAUCUGAAGAUCAGUUCCUGUGCUCCGUCUGUCUGGAUGUGUUCACUGAUCCAGUCACCACACCAUGUGGACACAACUUCUGCAAGAAGUGCAUCAAUGAUUACUGGAAUACCAACAACCAGAACAUGUGUCCAAUGUGUAAAAAGGUUUUCUUCUCAAGACCUGAGCUGCUCGUCAACACCUUCAUGUCUGAGAUGGUUUCUCAGUUCAGACAGUCGGCUCAACAGAAAGCCAGCAGCAGCAGCUCAGAGCAACAAGAGUCCAAACCAGGAGAAGUUCCCUGUGACGUCUGCACUGGAACCAAACUGAAGGCCCUGAAGUCCUGCCUGGUGUGUCUGGCCUCCUACUGUGAGACUCACCUGGAGCCUCAUCUGACAAUGUCAGGCCUGAAGAGACAUCAGCUGAUUAACCCUGUGGAGAACCUGGAAGACAGGAUGUGUACGAAGCACGAUAAACCUCUGGAGCUGUUCUGUAGGACCGACCAGACGUGUGUCUGCAUGCUCUGCACUGUGUUAGACCACAAGAUGCACAAUGUUGUUCCUCUGAAGGAAGGAUAUGAAGGAAAGAAGGUUGAGCUGGAGAAGACAGAGGCUGAACUUCAGGAGAUGAUCCAGAAGAGACGACUGAAGAUUCAGGAGGUCAAACACAAAGUGGAGCUCAGUGAGGAAGAUGCAGACAGAGAGAAAGCAGAAGGUGUUCAGGUCUUCACUGAUCUGAAGGAGUCUGUUGAGAGAAAACUGAACGAGCUCAUCAAUACGAUAGAAAAGAAGCAGAGAACAACAAAGAAACAGGCUGAAGACUCCAUCAGAGAGCUGGAACAGGAAAUCUCUGAGCUGAUGAAGAGAAGCACUGAGGUGGAGAAGCUCUCCCUCUCUGAAGACCACCUCCACCUCCUCCAGAGUGUCCAGGCCCUAAACAUCCACCAUCCACCACCCACCAAGGACUGGUCUGAGGUCAGUGUUCCUCCAGCAUCAUAUGAGGGGACUGUGAGGAGAGCUGUGUCUCAGCUGGAGGAGACUCUCAGUAAAAAGAUCAAGAAGCUGGUUACUGAAGUUAAGCUGAAGAGGGUCCAGAAGUUUGCAGUGGAUGUGACUCUUGAUCCUCAAACAGCUCAUCCUGAUCUCAUCCUGUCUGAUGACGGGAAACAAGUGAAUCAUAGUGAUGUGAAGAAGAAUCUCCCAAACAACCCAGAGAGAUUUUCUUCGUGUACUUGUGUCCUAGCAAAGCAGAGUUUCUCUUCAGGCAGAUUUUACUUUGAGGUUCAAGUUAAAGGAAAGACUGACUGGGAUUUAGGAGUGACCAGAGAGUUGAGCAAAAGGAAGGGACCAAUCACACUGAGCCCUCAGAAGGGUUACUGGACUAUAUGGUUGAGAAAUGGAAAUGAGUACACAGCUGGUGCCGACUCUCCAUUUGUUCUCUCCCUGAAGUCUGGUCCUCAGAAGGUGGGGGUGUUUGUGGACUAUGAGGAGGGUCUGGUCUCCUUCUAUGACGUAGAAGCUGCAGCUCUCAUCUACUCCUUUACUGGCUGCUCCUUCAGGAAGAAACUCCUCCCAUACUUCAGUCCUGAACCUAAUCAUAGUGGUAAAAACUCUGCACCUCUGAUCAUCUCUCCUGUUGGAGUAAACUAAUUUGACUUUGAGUAAAUCAGCUAAAUUAGUUCUACCCACAGAAAAAAUUGAUUAAUAGUUUUGUCAUGAAGCUUCAUUAAGAGUGAGGCCUAUUGCAUUUAUAUAGUGUUUACAGAAUACACUAUGUGUUAUUGUGUUAUUAAAGUUAAUAAAUAGAAUAAAUGCAAAUGUU